AACUGUUGGGUGAGAAUGGGUCAGUAUAAUUUAAGAAACACGAUCUAAAAAAUAAAGCAUAUAGGUAGAUAGACAGACAGAUAGAUAGAUAGAUAGAUAGAUAGAGUGCAUUUUUGUAAUAAUACUGUCUAGCUUUAAUAUCCAAUCGUUAUAUUCCGUUUACACUCGGCUUUAUCCGCUGAUCACAUGACAAAUGCUUUGCGGUUAGCCAGUUAGCCAGCGACAUGGACCAAUCCCUGAAAAAUAGUCCUUAGCCAAGAAGAGGAUCAACUUCAAUGUAAGAAUUUAUCGACUUAACACAGUACCUACAUUUUCUUACAGGUUUUCCACGUUGUAGACAUUUUUCAACGAAAUCGCUUUAACAUGUAAAUAAUGACUUAUUAAGCGUCGCCUUGGGUAACUGACGUGAAUGACCUUACCUUGAUAUUUUGGCUGUAAUUCUGAGGAGAGGUGAGGUCUUCUCCCGCUUUACUGCAGUCCAAACAGAACAGUUAACUUUGAAAAAUGAGUCAGCGGACUGAGCGACGGGGGAUACACGUUGACCAAUCAGACCUUCUGUGCAAGAAGGGAUGUGGUUACUAUGGCAAUACAGCAUGGCAAGGUUUGUGCUCCAAGUGCUGGAGAGAGGAGUACCAGCGGGUCCGGCAAAAACAGAUCCAGGACGAUUGGGCAUUGGCAGAAAAGUUGCAGCGUGAGGAGGAGGCAGCAUAUGCAAGCAGUCACGGAGUACAGACUCAGUCCCAUGGCCAGUCCCCGGCACAACACUCAGGCCACACCUCUCUAGGGCCCUUCUCCAAGUUUGAGGAGAAGAAAACUAAUGAGAAGACUCGCAAAGUGACCACUGUGAAGAAAUUCUUCAGCCCUUCAUCACGCACUCCUCCCAAAAAAGAAACCCAAGAUAGCAAAACGCCCAGUCCAUCUAUCAGCCGCCAUGCCAGCUUUGACACAGACCAAGUGUCCAAGGACUUUGUGGAAUUCUUAAAGAACCUGCAGAAACCUGGCAGGGAGAUACAUAAGCAGUGUCGAGCGUUCUUAGUCAACAUGUCAAGCAAGAAGGACAUCAGUGCUGAAGAACUCUCAGAGUGUGUUCAGGAUUUCUACCAGAACAUGGUUGACCGCCUGAUGACUCACUUUAAAGGCUCUUCAGAGUCUGUAGAGCAAGUGAUGGACCAGGUGGAGAAGUACAUCAUGACUCGACUGUACAAGAGUGUGUUCUGUCCAGAAACUACUGAUGACGAGAAAAAGGAUUUGGCCACGCAGAAAAGAAUCAGAGCUUUACACUGGGUGACCAUUCAGAUGCUGUGUGUAUCUAUGGAUGAGGAAAUCCCUGAAGUCUCAGAGAAUGUGGUCAAAGCAAUAACAGAUAUCAUUGAGAUGGACUCCAAGAGGGUUCCCCGGGACAAACUUGCGUGCAUCACACGCUGCAGCAAGCACAUCUUCAGCGCUAUCAAGAUCACCAAGAAUGAGCCGGCCUCUGCUGACGACUUCCUGCCUGCACUCAUUUACAUUGUACUGAAGGCAAACCCUCCUCGGCUUCAGUCCAACAUCCAGUACAUCACUCGCUUCUGCAACCCCAGCAGGCUGAUGACCGGAGAGGAUGGAUACUACUUCACUAACCUGUGUUGUGCUGCAGCCUUCAUUGAGAAAUUAGACGCCCAGUCUCUCAACCUCUCCCCAGAGGAAUUUGAACGGUACAUGUCGGGCCAGGCUUCUCCGCGAUUCAACAGCUCAGAGGGCGACUGGACUUCAUCCGGGGCUGCAUCUGAAUCUACCUCCAUCAACCCGGUGCUAGUUCAGCUAAAUCAAAACCUAGAGCUGCUGUCCAGCCUCAGCAGCAGGCAGGAGCGGCUGGUGGAGGCAGCUCACAGCCUCCAGGCUGAUCUUCUCUCCUGGACUGAGAGUGUGAAAAAAGAGGUGAACGACAUCCUGGAAAAAUACCCACUGGAGAUUCAGACCUGCUCUGUUUCUGCCAUUGAUGCCAACAACGUGGACAAUGAAAACCUGCCACCGCCUCUAACACCACAGGUGUUUGCUGGGUAGUGGAAUCAAAAGGGUUUUUUCCCCCCUAAUUGGACAAAACAAAGGAAGACAACAAACAAAGGGAACCGUUCACAUUAAGGCAAAGGUAAUUCUCCCAACUGUCCUUCAAACCUCAACAGUAAACCAUAUGUAAACACUCCACAGAGCUAAUUCAGUUGCCAGCUACAGUAAGACAAUAGAUAUUUUAACAAUGUUAAAUUCAUUGUUCAACAUUACAUAUGUACCACGGACCUCACCUAACAGUCGUUGAGCUCCUACUGGAUGAUCCAGUUAUUAGUCAUACACAGUGUCCAAUACUUCAAAGUAAGAUGUAGCUCUAAUCUUUUUAUAUUUAUUGAUGAGUUAUAUUGUUGCAGUGCAGCUUGGACCGAGUGUCUGUUAUACAAACACUAGCAUCUCACAUUUUCAGUCAAUAACAUUUCAAUAAACUCAUAGGAAUUAAUUAAAGAUUAAUGAGGGGGGAAAAAAUCUGUGAACCUGUAGUUUCAAGAUUAUUAGAGAAGAGAAACAAUUCCCACCAUUCAUUUUGGACCGAAGUCAGAAUUCUGUUUUAAUUAGCCAAAGGUCAGUUAAAGAAGUUCUCUCAGAAUUCUUUCUAAAAAAUACAUUUAAUAAAUAUAAUACAGUUCUCUAUUUUUUCCCUCAGAAUUCUGACAUUGAAUCAGAAAACUGUGCACAGUACUUAUGAAAUAUUAACAAAGUACUGCAGCCAUGGUCGCUGAUUAUCUCUGCAUCUUAGUAGAAACACCAGUUUCAAGCAGUUAAAAAAAAACAAUUUUUUUUUCAUUUCACAUGACAUUAGAUUUCCAUUUGGACUAACGUUAGAAAAUACUACUUUUCAACAUUUGAAAUGUAUACAUUUCAAGCUGAAAAGAACAGUAACGAUGAUUAUAUAUUCUUUAAUUCACAUCGUGACUGAUUUGAACAUUGAUGUGAAGCUAUUUUAGGAAAAUUAAAAAAAGAAAAAACACUGGUACGAGUCUUUCAGACGUUGGCUUUUAAACAUUUCAAUUUAACUCCUGUUAAUGUCUUAAUGUUUGGAUUUUUAAAAACACACUAACAUUUGAACAACAACUAUCUUUUUAGCUUCUGCGUAUUAUUACUGCAGUUUGUUUUUAUGCUUCUCCUAAGAUGAUGUAUUUUAUUCAUUUUGUUUGUGAUUUUGUGAUGUGCAACAACAUGAUAAUGUUGGUGAGAGACUUACUGUCUGAUUUCAUCAAAGCCUAUUAAAAUGUUUUGGUGUGGUUAAGCUAAAUCCAGAUCAUCAAGACUUUGUUUGCAACAUCAUUGAAUGGAUUAAUGUUCAGAAUCUGUUCAAGUCGUCUCAGCAACUGAGUUACAGUGUGGUUUUGUUUAAAAGAUGAACAUUGUUUUCAAAACCUUACAGUAGUCUUUCAUUUGAGUUUUCACAUCCCUGUAAUAUUUGCUAGAAGCCACAGUGUGUAUAUCAACAGUGUGUAUUUCUUACCUGUCACGUAAGAAAAUCUCAAAACAGCAUAUUCCAACAUGUUCCCUGUAAUAAAAUCUACCAAAGUUAA